AUGGCAAUUGGCAAGAAUAAGCGCAUGAGCAAGGGCAAGAGGGGAGGAAAGAAGAAAGUUGGGGACCCCUUCCUGAAGAAGGAGUGGUAUAAUCUGAGGGCUCCUUCCCUCUUCCAGCAGCGUAACUUCGGCAAGACUCUCGUGACUAAAUCUGCUGGAACAAAAUUGGCAGUGGACUCUCUCCGCGGACGUGUUUACGAAGUGAACCUGGCAGACCUGAACCUUGAUGAAGAUCAGGGUUUCCGGAAAAUAAAGCUGCAAUGCGAAGAAAUCCAGGGCCGCAGUUGCCUUACAGAUUUCCACGGCAUGAAUAUUACGAGGGAUAAGCUUUGCUCUCUGAUCAGGAAAUGGCAUUCGCUUAUUGAGGCUUUCGUAGAUGUGCAGACAGUUGAUGGAUACACUUUGCGGAUGUUCUGCAUUGCGUUCACUGAACGGCGACCAAACCAGAUCAAGAGCACUUGCUACGCGAGGUCUUCCCAAAUCCGCGCAAUCCGCAAGAAGAUGGUGAGCAUCAUGGCUGCUGAAGCAUCUAAGUGCCAACUGCGCGAUUUGGUGAAGAAGUUCAUCCCAGAGUCGAUCGGCAAGAGCAUUGAGGCUGCAUGCAGAGGCAUCUUCCCUCUACAGAACGUGCUUAUCAGGAAGGUGAAGGUCAUCAAGAAGCCGAAGUUUGACCUCACCAAACUCAUGGAACUCCAUGGCGAUAUUGGAGAGGAUGUCGGCAAGGAGGUUGUUACGGAGUCUUCUGCAGCACAGAAUACCUUGACUGCCGAGGUCAAGGCCUAA